AUGACCCCAGCGAGCUGGAGGAUAGAGCCACUCAGACAGAUGCAAGCAAAGAAGGCUGGGGUGCCUGUUGCAAUGGUGCCACCACUAAUGACCCAGGAUGAUCCCCAGGGGAAACCAAGCCCUAUACCUCCCAUGGAGUCGGGACACUCAUCCACAGUUGAAUCAGAUGAUUCUAGGAGUUUUCCCAGUCUCAGGAAAUCCUGGUCUGGAGUGCCGAAGAGGGGUCACAUGCCCGUCCCUGGGGACCCUCCCCUUCAUGUGACCCCUGGCACUCCAGAUAUCGUGGCCUCAAUCAGCCAACACAGUUCUACGCCAACACCACCUCUGUUCGAUCGCUCACCUGAGAUGGAAGCAAUGAUUUUGAAGCUAAUUCUUCUGUGCUUAGUGAGCCAUGCUACUGCUUUGAUAAACGCUGGAUUUGGAUCUAAAUUGUCACAAUUUGACGAUGUCUUCAUGUCAACAAGUGUCUUGUCUCAAGUUUCGAAUGUUGGCAGUGGUAUACGGUGUGUACUUCUAUGUCUCCAGAUAAAAGCUUGCGUGUCUGUCUUUCAUAGACAACAGCAAUCCCUGUGUCAGUUCCAUGACGUGCUGUUCAUGUCGCCUGAGGACGGAGAACAAGAGACAGACACCAAGUACUACAGCUUAAUAACAGAUGCGUGUCCACCUGGCUACGUCCACAACCGCCACCUCAACAUCUGCUACCAGCUUCAUCUCAACAAAAUGAAAUACAGCGACGGUCUUGCUGACUGUACGGCAAGAGGAGAACACCUUGUUGUUAUUGACAGCGAGGACAAGCAGAACCACAUGGUCAAGCAGAUCACAUCUUCAUCAGCAAGUCAAAGAUUCAGCUACUUCAUCGAUGGUUCCGAUGCGCAAACUGAAGGCCAAUGGAUCUUCCAUGAUGGCCGACCUAUGACCUACUUCGCCUGGAGCCCAGGCUUCCCGGAAAAUAAAACGGUAAAUUUCGACGUCCUCACUGCCAGCAAAAUAAUUCCUGAAUAUAUAUAUACGUGGCAAGACAGGAGCCCGAUAGAAAGAAAGUUCUACAUCUGUCAGAAAGACCUUUAACACCCGGAACACAAAAUGAAAUUACUGGAAGUACUAAAGUAUUUCUAACAGUCAACACAAGGACAUUCCUCUAAACCUCAUCGGGCACCAGAUACAUGGGAUGAAUCCGUAUGUGACGUUACACGUGACUAUCACGUGACAAUGCACCAAACGCUGUGAUCCUUGUACAAAUGUCCUAUGUUAUUUUAUGUGUAAUUUAAAACAAACUGUUUACAAACUUACUGUAUUCAUAAAUUUGUUGUAAAAACGUCCGAAACGUUAUUAAACUAUAUAUAUA